GUGUGCACGACAAUCUGCAGUAUGGAGUUGAUCGCCUCGAGGAUGACGCAGUAUUCGCCACCACUGCCUGCAAAUCCUGUCCAGACAAGAACCUGCGUCCGUCAAUCCUGCACUGCAUGGCAUUGUGUCCCGGAAGUGUACUUCCCUUGGCAAUGCAAUGCGCAAUUCCAAUUAGUCCCUCUCUCAUACUCUCUCUUCUGGUAGAGAUGCCUAGGUCAGACCCUGCUGCGGCCCAGCACCAAUAUUUAUCAGCACGUGUCUUAAGUCACGUCAAUAUCGAGGAGGACAGAUGCAUACCAUGAGCAAAGGCGCAAUGAUCCAAUCGGCCACAAUACUGAACCCGAUCUGGAUCCAUAGCUCUCUCUCCUGGAACGACCGGUGUAGCGUUUCGAACCGGAUCUUGCUGAAGAUGGGACACAUCAUGACUAGGAGACCGAUUGCUGCGUUUAGCCAGCCGGAGCUUUCCUUACUAACCGGUACAAAGACUCCGAUGAAUUUGCCCUUCUCCAGGGCUCGACUAGUAAUGGGGACAAAGUUUCCCAGGAGGAUACCGGCUACCAUGGCCAGUAAGAUCUAUAGAGCAAAAAAGCGGUCCAAGAUAGCGGACCACUGGAGAAUUAGAAGUAGCAUGGGUUCCGGGCUUGAGAAAUCGAGGUUUCAUCAUGGUGUCGCUCGUUCUUACUACAUGCCUCCGGGUUUUUUGAGAGCGCUGGUAUUGGUUUUUCUGGAAACAUCGGUGGUGUAUCUUCCGCUUCUAUGCCCCAUUGAGGCUAUGCUGAUCUGAAAGCUCAACUCUCGAGUGAGAGAUGGUUGCUUUAGUGUGCUGUCUUCAAUCACAGAGCAUGCAUCCCUGAAGCUCUUCUGAGUGCGUACAGCGGCCAGAUGGGCUGUCGACCAAUCAGCGUGACCAAGUGACAUACUUCAAUGGCAUGUGACCUAUAGUACCGCAAGGUCUACCUGCUGGAGGGAAUUCGGAUUCAGG